AUGGUCUACACGUCCAUUGUUCCUCACCAAGUGUUACAGCGCAACCCAACCACAAACAGCGCCUAUGUUGAAAUAGACCAUGAUAUUCAUGAAUUUCCUGUAGGCGGGCCUUACACACUUCAAAAGAUGGGCCCAUUUUAUGUAGGCGAUCUAUGGGUCAUGGCUGGCCAGAGCAACAUGCGGGGCCAUGGUUACUAUCGAGACCCUUUUACAGGACAUGAGCUGUGCAAGGAACCUCAACCCCAUGUAUUCUUGUAUGAUUCUUCAGAACGUUGGAGACCGUUUGACCGAGAUCCUUCGCAUCAACUUCAUCAAUCACCUCGAUCUGUCCAUCACACACUUCCUGAUCCAACCGUACGCGAUCCUCACUUACUUGAAACGCGAGGUGCUUCUUUGGCUGUUGGAUUUGCAAAUAUGUAUCGUGCCAUCAUGCCUGAUGUGCCAUUGGGCUUGAUCGCCAGUGCUCAUGGCGGUACAUCCCUUUCUGACUGGCAACGUCCUGCUGAACUGAAUACACAGACAGCAGAUACGACACUCUAUGGCGCCAUGUGGGACAGAAUUCAACAGGUUCAUUCUGUGGCUGGCAUCCUAUGGUAUCAAGGCGAAUCAGACACAUCCAACAAACAAGAUGCAGACACCUAUCUCGACAGGUUUCAACAUUGGCUCUCUACCCUGCGCGCUGAUCUAGAGCAACCCAACUUGCCUUUGGUGUUUGUACAGAUUGGACCGCAUCGUGUGAAUGUGCCAGCCAUGAUGGAACACUGGAAGACUGUACAAGAUGCUCAGUUUCAACUGAUGGGCUCAUGUCCAUUUACUGCAGGUGUUGCUAGUCUUGAUGUAGACCUGGAUGAUCGCUUGCAUCUCUCAGCUUGUGGAUUGUCCAGUGUAGGAAAGCGAUUAGCCAUCGCAGCCCAUAAGGCCAAACAAGGGCAGGGCCAUCAAGCCACGCCCUUACCUGAUAAAGCUUAUCUUGAGACAACGCCAUCAGGACAUACGAGUAUCGUGGUUGAGUUCAAGUAUCUACAUAAACCCUGGCACCUGAAAGCGUAUGAACAAGUCUUUGGUUUCUCUAUUGAGUCUAGCAAGAUAGCACUCUUGAAAACAAUCGUGUGUGAUGACUCCAAGGGCUCUGUGCGAUUAUAUCUUUCAGAUAAACCAGACACACCCUUCACCAUUUAUUAUGGUAUGCAUCAAUCCAUGGUCAAUUUAGUUACAUUGGAUGGCAUGGCACUGCCUGCUUUUAAACUUAAAGUUUAUUAA